AUGAAGAGACCACUACGACCACCACAACAACUGCAGCACCUACAGCGUCUGCUAACACAGGGCCUAGUAAGUUACUACAGUAUCUCGAGAUACGAGCGAGCUAACGAGGGGAAACUGGUGACGUCACAAGACAUGUGUGACGGCUGUGAGCUCCGUCAUGGCGUAGGGUACAAGCCCCACCCCAGUGACUGCACCCUGUACGUACAGUGCCAAGCCGACAAGAAUGGACUGCCGGUGGUUGCAGGGGUCAGGCCGUGUCCCCACGGGCUGUACUGGAACCAGGACAAGCUGACCUGCGACUACCGCCACAACGUCAACUGUGUCGAUGACAUCUGUCGUGCCGGUGCCGUCCGUAAGACCAAAGCCUCCGCCGCCUCCUGCCGUGGCUACUGGGACUGCAACUCCGGCACCGCGCUGGCCAAGUGCUGCCCCAUCAACUACAGCUACAACCCCUACAUCGCGCGCUGCACCUACAACCCCACGUGCCGUGACGACUGCCUGACCUCCACAGCUCCUUUUGUUGCCGAGUGUCCCAAUGGCAUGCGUCCAGUGCCGGGUGACCGCACCAAGUACGAGGUGAAGACUGGAAACACGUGGACACUCAUGUCCUGUCCGGCUAACCUGGGUUUCUCCACCCUGCCCUGUGGAUGCAACGUGCAUCUCAACACCAACGUACAGCAAGAGUGCGUCCCGGAGCUGUACCUCCCUUUCAUCUCGGACACCCAGGACCAGUCCGGCCGCCAAGUCUUCGUCAAGAACGAGGGUGUGCAGGUGAGAGACGGCAAGGCCUUCUUUGACGGCAAGAGUCGCCUGACGGUACCACGCUUCUCCAACACCUGGUGGGGCUCCACGGUCACCCGCCGCCUGGCUCUCGUCUCCAACGGUGACUGUCAGGUUCGACCCUCGCUGGCCGUGUGCGCCGGGCCCGCAGGUGUCGAGUUCUACGCUGAGACUGAGAACAGCCCCCAGCCGGUCAACUUCACCGUGUCCACCUUUGACCAGGGUUAUGGAUGGCAGGACGGCUGGCAGGACGUCUUGUACCGCCUGGACGCCGGCUCACUUUAUGGCCACGUCAGCCUUAACCGCGAUAGUCGUGUUGCACUUGCUAACCUGGAGGUCCGCCAACGCGGCCUGGUGAUCGGUAGCGGUGGUGGCUGUGAUGACUUCAACGGAUUCAUCGAUGAAGUCACCGUCUAUCUGUGUCGCCCUAAAGAGAAAGACGAUGAUGAAUCAACCACAGUCGAGCUGGUGGACACUGUCACAACCCAGUCCCCUGGUAGUGACGACGACGACGACGACGACGACGAUACGACGACUCCAGUCGUCACAACCUUUGCCCCUGACAGCCGUGAAACGGACGACAGCGAGGAGAAUGAAGAGACCACUAGGACCACAACAACAACUGCAGCACCUACAGUGUCUGCCAACACAGUCCCUAACAUGUGUGACGGCUGUGAGCUCCGUCAUGGCGUAGGGUACAAGCCCCACCCCAGUGACUGCACCCUGUACGUACAGUGCCAAGCCGACAAGAAUGGACUGCCGGUGGUUGCAGGGGUCAGGCCGUGUCCCCACGGGCUGUACUGGAACCAGGACAAGCUGACCUGCGACUACCGCCACAACGUCAACUGUGUCGAUGACAUUUGUCGUGCCGGUGCCGUCCGUAAGACCAAAGCCUCCGCCGCCUCCUGCCGCGGCUACUGGGACUGCAACUCCGGCACCGCGCUGGCCAAGUGCUGCCCCAUCAACUACAGCUACAACCCCUACAUCGCGAGCUGCACCUUCAACCCCACGUGCCGUGACGACUGCCUGACCUCCACAGCUCCUUUUGUUGCCGAGUGCCCCAAUGGCAUGCGUCCAGUGCCGGGUGACCGCACCAAGUACGAGGUGAAGACUGGAAACACGUGGACACUCAUGUCCUGUCCGGCUAACCUGGGUUUCUCCACCCUGCCCUGUGGAUGCAACGUGCACCUCAACACCAACGUACAGCAAGAGUGCGUCCCGGAGCUGUACCUGCCUUUCAUCUCGGACACCCAGGACCAGUCCGGCCGCCAAGUCUUCGUCAAGAACGAGGGUGUGCAGGUGAGAGACGGCAAGGCCUUCUUUGACGGCAAGAGUCGCCUGACGGUACCACGCUUCUCCAACACCUGGUGGGGCUCCACGGUGUACGUGCACCUGCGCUACAAGUCCGCACUGACCAGCACCCGCCGCCUGGCUCUCGUCUCCAACGGUGACUGUCAGGUUCGACCCUCACUGGCCGUGUGCGCCGGGCCCGCAGGUGUCGAGUUCUACGCUGAGACUGAGAACAGCCCCCAGCCGGUCAACUUCACCGUGUCCACCUUUGACCAGGGUUAUGGAUGGCAGGAUGGCUGGCAGGACGUCUUGUACCGCCUGGACGCCGGCUCACUUUAUGGCCACGUCAGCCUUAACCGCGAUAGUCGUGUUGCACUUGGUAACCUGGAGGUCCGCCAACGCGGCCUGGUGAUCGGUAGCGGUGGUGGCUGUGAUGACUUCAACGGAUUCAUCGAUGAAGUUACCGUCUACCUGUGCCGCCCUGAGCUGAAGUAGAGAGCUGAGAGCAACACGCAAAGCCACCCCGUGAUUUACUCCACUAAAAACAAAGGACCCACGACACCUUUGCUUCCAAAGACAGCAUAAUACAAGCCUUUCGCCUACAUACCUUUUACUACGACAUGGUGCUCAGCAAGGAGGCACGCACGAAAUGCACAUGCUUCUUCUCUUUCGACCGUUUCGUGUGCUGCCUCCGACCCCCAACUCUUUCGAGUGUCCCUUGCAGUCUCCAGCAAAUCUGUGAUCGUCAGAAGUGCCACUGAUUGUACCUAAGCUUUAAAAACUACAGAAACUAGAACUUUUGUCAAACACUUUUCGAAUAAACCAAUUUUAUUUUUA